GCAUUGUUGCUUUCCAGCUGUGAAUAGCAGAGUGCCCAGCAGCUCCACUGGCUCCUUGCACACUACAGAAUCCCCUACUCCUGAGCCCUGCUCACAGGCAUCAAGCAACGUGGUGUCACAGUCAGUGCUCCCUAUGUAUCCUUCAGUUGACAUCGAUGCUCAUACUGAAAGCAAUCACGACACCGCUCUGACCCUUGCAUGUGCAGGAGGUCACGAAGAACUUGUUUCUGUACUAAUUGCACGUGGUGCCAAUAUUGAACACAGAGAUAAGAAGGGUUUUACGCCUUUGAUUCUUGCUGCAACUGCUGGACACAUUGGUGUAGUGGAAAUUCUUUUAGACAAAGGUGGGGAUAUAGAAGCGCAAUCUGAGCGCACAAAGGAUACUCCGCUUUCUUUGGCAUGCUCUGGUGGACGCCAAGAGGUUGUUGAUUUGCUGUUGGCCCGGGGAGCAAACAAAGAGCAUAGGAAUGUGUCUGACUAUACACCAUUAAGCCUCGCUGCAUCUGGUGGAUAUGUCAAUAUCAUCAAGAUUCUUCUCAAUGCUGGGGCAGAAAUUAAUUCAAGGACUGGGAGUAAGCUAGGUAUUUCUCCUCUGAUGUUGGCUGCUAUGAAUGGCCACGUACCUGCCGUGAAGCUGUUGCUCGAUAUGGGUUCUGAUAUUAAUGCCCAGAUUGAGACCAAUCGGAACACAGCCCUCACCUUGGCCUGCUUCCAAGGCCGAGCAGAGGUGGUCAGUCUGCUGUUGGACAGGAAGGCCAAUGUUGAGCACAGGGCAAAAACUGGUCUCACGCCGCUGAUGGAAGCUGCUUCAGGAGGAUAUGCAGAGGUUGGAAGGGUUCUCCUUGAUAAAGGAGCAGAUGUUAAUGCUCCACCUGUGCCUUCCUCAAGAGAUACCGCUUUAACAAUUGCAGCAGAUAAGGGUCACUACAAGUUCUGUGAGCUGCUGAUUAAUCGAGGAGCGCAUAUUGAUGUUCGUAACAAGAAAGGAAAUACACCUCUUUGGUUGGCAGCUAAUGGUGGUCACUAUGAUGUAGUUCAGUUGCUUGUGCAGGCAGGAGCAGAUGUGGAUGCAGCAGAUAAUCGGAAAAUAACACCUCUCAUGUCAGCAUUCCGUAAGGGCCAUGUGAAGGUAGUUCAGUUCCUAGUGAAAGAAGUUAACCAGUUUCCAUCGGACAUUGAAUGCAUGCGAUAUAUAGCGACUAUAACUGACAAGGACCUGUUGAAAAAGUGUCACCAGUGUGUGGAAACAAUUGUGAAAGCUAAAGACCAGCAGGCUGCAGAGGCAAAUAAGAAUGCAACUAUAUUGCUGAAGGAGCUAGACCUGGAAAAAUCAAGAGAGGAAAGCAGAAAACAAGCUCUUGCAGCUAAGAGGGAGAAAAGAAAGGAAAAGAGAAAGAAGAAGAAAGAGGAACAAAAAGAAAACAAGAAGAAGAUGAAGAAAAUAAGCCUAAAGAAACUCUAGAACUACACGAAGAUGAUGAUGAGGAAGAAAAUGAUGAUGAAGCGGAGCAAGAAGUUCCUAUAGAGCCUCCUAGCGCAACUACUACAACUACAAUUGGGAUUUCUGCAACUUCAGCUACUUUCACCAAUGCCUUUGGGAAGAAGAGAGCUAAUGUGGUGACUACUCCCAGCACAAAUAGAAAAAAUAAGAAAAAUAAAACAAAAGAGACUCCUCAGAAUAUGCAGAUAAUUUUGCCAGAUCAGCAUAUAUCUCUAGCACAGCAGAAAGCAGAUAAGAAUAAAAUAAAUGGAGAGCCAAGAGGUGGUGGUGCAAGUGGAAAUAGUGAUUCAGAUAAUUUGGAUAGCACAGACUGCAAUAGUGAAAGUAGCAGUGGAGGUAAAAGUCAGGAGCUGAACUUCACGAUGGAUACAAAUUCCUCUGAGCGGCGCUAUGCCUCAUUGCUUAUUCCUUCUCAGGAAGAAAAAACGAGCACUUCAGCUUCAAAAACACCAACAAGGUGAGACUUCAGUGUUAUUUCCCUA